AUGUGGAGGGCUGAACCCCGAGGAAGAGGCUGGUGUAAGACCUCACCUGGUACCUUGCAGGCACCAAGAAAAGCCCGGAAAAGAGUGGAAGGGGGAGCCAGCUCCAACGUCUUCUCCAUGUUUGAUCAGUCCCAGAUCCAAGAGUUUAAAGAGGCCUUCACCAUCAUGGACCAGAACCGAGAUGGCUUCAUCGACAAGGAGGACCUGAGGGACACCUUUGCUGCACUGGGCCGCAUCAAUGUCAAGAAUGAGGAGCUGGAGGCCAUGGUGAAGGAGGCCCCUGGGCCCAUCAACUUCACCGUCUUUCUGACCAUGUUUGGGGAGAAGCUGAAGGGCACAGACCCAGAGGAGACCAUUCUCCAUGCCUUCAAAGUGUUUGACACCGAAGGGAAGGGCUUCAUCAAGGCUGACUUCAUCAAAGAGAAGCUCAUGACCCAGGCAGACCGGUUCAGUGAGGAGGAGAUCAAGCAGAUGUUUGCGGCUUUCCCCCCAGAUAUGUGUGGCAACCUGGACUACAGGAACCUGUGCUACGUCAUCACGCACGGCGAAGAGAAGGACUAG